CUUACUUGUCAUCUGUACGAGAGAUGAGCGACACCGACUGUUAUGCAAGAACGUGUGACGAUAGGAGGUACUGUCAGCCAUGCAAGGAGAAGUGGGGCAAUGGAUGUAUAACAUGCCAGCACAGCUAGGUGGAAUUUGUAUUUUGAUAACGGCUCUUCUAUCAAACUGGGAACUCCUGGAACCUCAGGAUUUUUGCAAAAGGAGGAACUAAGUUUUCAGCAAGAAUUUCCUUUUGAAGACGAAAAUGAAGUUGUGAAGUGUGAAAAAGACACAAGUAGUGCUCUACUGGCAGUUCUCCCCAGAGCCCCUAACGGAACCACCCUGCAGGUUUCAACUGGCCACUGAUAUUACUCUUCAAUUUGGACCCAAGGUGUUAACCCAUUAUUUGAACGCCGACUGUACAACCACCCUGAAUCAAAAAGAAACCACCCAAUUUCAGAAUUAAGAAAACUUUUUGAAGCCAGCAAGCUGCCUACUUUGGAAAUGAACAGGAAAGAAAGGAUAGCCAGACGUUUGGAAGGAAUUGAAACUGAAACUCAGCCAGUCCUGAUACAGACCCUCCCUGGUUUAGUUACUCAUCGCCUCUUAGAGGAAGAUACUCCAAGAUACAUGCGUGCAUCAGAUUCCUACACACCCAGUUCAGCAAGAAGUAUACGUGAAGUGCUAAAACAUCAGGAGUUAUCUGACCCAGCUACAGAAAGGCCUUCUAGAGCUAGGUGUCGUGCAGAAUCCACACACAGUCCUAUAGAGCUUACGUGCAAUUUGAAAACAAUGGAUACCCAAGGAUUAGAUUCAAAAGCAGAAAGGAUAGCCAGAUACAAGGCUGAACGAAGACGUCAGCUGGCAGAGAAAUAUGGCAUAUCUUUGGAUAUAGAAGCUGAUUCUGAAUAUGUGUCCAAGUACUCUCGUUCAAGGAAAGAUUCAGAUAGUGCCGAAAACAGAAUAGGCAGGCUGAGAAAUCUGGAAGAUGAAAGCAAAGAUCCAAAUUUAUCUUAUCCCAUCUCAACUGAUGUUCAUAAGGAGGCCAAAAUGUCUUGUACUGAUGAAUCCAAAAGAGAGUGCAACUUUUCAAGCAGUUAUCAUACAGUGGACCGACAUACAUGGCUAAACCAAGAAAAUGACAAGAAAACAUCAGAAAAUAUUACAGGACAGAGUUGUCACCAGCCAUUACUUGCAGAGCUUUCAGUGUUCACUCCUCCCUCUUCAAGAGGUCUAACACUAACUGAAACACCUUGCUCACAUGAACCUGCCCAGACUUCUCUUUCAUCACCCAAGACUCCUACCUCUCCUAUAGAGAAGAGUGCAUACAGCAUUGUCAGCAAACAGGGACAUUCAGGAAAACAAAACAGCGAGUGGUUCCUUCAGAAAGAUUCAGAAGGGGAGACCGCAUCUCUUAUCAACUGGCCCUCCAGAGUCAAAGUUAGAGAGAAAUUGAUGAAAGAGGAAGAUGUUCACAGAAGUCCUGAACUCCUCACAGAUCAUGUAAUUCAAAGGAGAAAUCACCAGGUGCCAACUUACCACAUGUCUCUUGUAUCAGAAACGUCAUCCUUUGAUAGGGAUUUAAACCAGUGUGUGCGGUUGGCACAUCAGCCUGUUCAUCAGUUUACCUCACCUCCUGGGUAUGUUCCCAGUGAGAGUAAGAAGAUGGGAGUAGAAGAAAUGGAAAACAUAAGGAAUCUUUUAAUACCGUCCAGUGCCAGUCUUGCAGCAAAAGUCCAAACACCUGGUGAACUGCCAUUAGAAAGGAGUUUGCUAUCAUACAGUGAUGGAGUCAAGACAGAUGAUCAUCCCCCUAAGACAGAAAAGCUUUUAAAAAGUAGAAAAGCAGUUUUGCCCUCUGAAGUUCGCAAGCAACAGCUGACCACCGAAAACGUUGCAGUCAUUAGAGGUGACAAGGAACAGGGUAUUGCCUGUUCAUCUGCAGAACAAAAAUUAAGCAGCAGUGAUGCAGAGAUGCUAAAAGGGCAACACCAUCCCAUUUUUCAUCGUACAGAACUUCCAGUCGGGGCUAAACAUGUUGAAAAAAGUGAAGCACUUUUAUGUAUGCAAAGAGGGACUGAACAUAGCACUGGAAAACCAGGGGACUGUACCCACCAGAUGUCCACAACAAAACAUAAACUCUUGACACGUUCCUUGUCUGACCACACAGGAAAUUCUCAGUUGGUGGUAUAUGUAAAUAAGGAUCCAGCUGACAAGGCACUGGAAUUCCAGAAAUCAGAGACCUGUAUAGCAGAUGGUGAGGCUGGUCUGGUUGAAACACGGGUGUCUGUUACACAGCUUCGUAAUAUGUAUAUGGAGACGACAGGUGCUGGCAGGAAAGCAGAACUUGAACCUGGGGUUGAAUUGUCAACAUCGGGUCCUGAUUUGAUGACACAAGCUAAUCAGGAGAGGGGCUGCCGAAAGCCAAGGCGCUAUAUUUCACCGGGCGAAAGUAGAAAGACCUCUGAAAGAUUUAGGACUCAGCCUAUCACAUCAGCAGAACGACAGGAAUCUGAUAGGUCUGCAAGGAGUCCAGAAAUACCAGCUCCUGCUGAAGGUGAUGAAGAAAAAUUAGAUGAAAGAGCUAAACUGAGCGUUGCUGCAAAACGACUCCUUUUCCGAGAGAUGGAAAGAUCUGCAGAAGGAAAGCUUUUACCAAAGCCACGCUCAAGAAAUGCAGCAGUGGAGCGAAGAUUACGUCGAUUUCAAGACCGCUCUCGCACACAGCCUGUUACUACUGAGGAAGUUGUCAUUGCAGCCACUCUUCAGGCAUCAGCACAGCAGAGUGCCCAGGUGAAGGAAGCAAAACAGUUGCAAGAACAGCCACAAACUACUACUCCUGAGGAGCCAGAUAUAUCAACACUCAGCUUGGCUGAAAAGAUGGCCUUAUUUAAUCGUUUGUCACAGCCAGUGACAAAAGUUGUAACCACAAGAACCAGGGCUGACAUAAGAAAAAGACGAUCAAGUCCCCGAUACCAGACCCAGCCUAUAACACUUGGAGAAGUUGAACAGAUUCAGACUGGAGGAGGAAAAGUUCCUUCAUUAUCACCUACAGCUGUAAAGUCUGUUACUACAACAGUGUCCAGUGUCUCAACCCCAGUUGCUGGAGAUUUGCAUAUUGGCAGUUUGCCAAGCACUGAAGGCACCCUCUCAUGCAUUACUGAUAGAGCUACCUCAGUACAGUCCUCUUCAUUAGCACACGAGGAUGUGGCCAUUCGAAGUUUACAAGUGUGGGAGCCUCAUCGUCUUUCUCUGGAUAAAACAGAUUUCAAAGGUAUUUCCAAGGAACAUGCAGUUACAGAGUGUAAGGAAGAACAAACAAGAGGAAUUCUGAGACACGGAAGCAACAGCUUAAGAAAGCGCAGCCUUGGUGAGAUUGAAGCAGUUUAUUCCCAUCAUGUUUUGAGUGAGAAAGUAGUGGACAACAGGGAGUUAAAGCAUACAGUUCAAAGCAGAAACAGCAGGGAACAGUUCAGCCCACAGUCUCUAAUCCAUGCAGCUGAUGGAAGAGAUUUUGCUACAUCUGAAGGAGUCCUACUGGAAAAGAAGUAUACGGAGCAGCAGUUUCUUCCUGAAAUAUUUGAAUUGGACAGUGGGAAAAGUAAGACAAUUAUGCCAGCAGAGUCUGGGGAACCUACUCAUGGAGUGAAGCCUGACACAAUAGCAACACCAGAGCUGCCUCAGACAUCAAUUUGUGUGUCCUCAAGGCAACAUUCUUUCGAAGAGACUGAAGAGCUUCAUUAUAGGACUGACUCUGAACUCAUUUCAGCAGUGGAAAGCCAGCUGCAUGCUGAAGACAUUUCUGACGUCUCACCCAGCAAAUCAAUGUCUAUUAAAGAAAGGCUGGCAUUGCUCAAGAAGAGAGGAGAAGAAGACUGGAAAAACAGACUGAAUAAGAAACAGGAUGUUAAGACGAUACUUGCAGAACGCACGUCGCAGCUCCAAGAAGCUGAACAGACUUUAUCUAGAAAGGAAGGAGGUGGAAUGAAAGAUGAUACUGAAGUGUGCAACCAGCCUUGGGGUCCUGUUCGUGCUACUACUUACUGUCCUGCUCAACCUGCUGCCCUUAAAAGCCAGUACAUUGUACCUUUAAAUCAGGUCAGUCUAGCUAGUGCGAGAGUCUUGAGCCCGUUAAUCUUUGACCAGCAUCAUCACUGGAGAUGGAAGAAAUUGGCAGAUGAAUUUGAAACCCAGAUGACUAUAGAAGAGCGGAAGCAACUUAUAUCAGUGAGAGAAGAAGCUUGGAAGGUAAAGGGAAAAGGUGCAGCAAAUGAUUCCACACAGUUUACAGUGGCAGGCCGUAUGGUCAAAAGAGGUUUAGCAUCCCCUGCAUCAGUUACUCCAGUAGCAUCACCUUUAAGUAUGAAAAUAAAAACUAGCUCGCCAGUCUUAAAACCUCAGGAAGACAUUGAAGCCAGGCCAGAUAUGCAGUUGGAAUCUGAUAAAAAGCUUGAUAAACUUGAGUCUUUCUUGGGUAGACUGAACAACAGAGUACCAGGAAUGCAGGAUAUGACACUUACUGUAACGGAAAAGUCGGUGAAAGAGGUGAUGAAACUGGAUGAUGAUGAAACAUUUGCCAAAUUUUAUCGCCAAAAAGAUAUUUUCCCUGUGAUAUCAGGACCCUUGGAUUUUGAUGAUGAGGAUUUUGAUGCCAUAUUUGAUCCCGAAGCACCAAAGCUGACCUCUGCUGUAACUGAACACAGACGGGCUGUGAGACCUGUGCGUAGAGCACAAGCUUCUAAAAAUCCCCUGAAAAUGUUGGCAGCAAGAGAUGACCUUCGACAGGAGUACACAGAACAAAGGCUGAAUAUAGCAUUUAUGGAAUCAAAGCGCAUGAAACUGGAAAAAAUGUCCAAAUCCUCAAAUUUAUCAGAUGUAGCACUAGCUGGACUUGCCAGUAAAGAGAACUUUGGCAGUGUCAGUCUGAGGAGUGUUAAUCUUACAGAGCAUACGUCAAACAACAGUGCUGUGCCAUAUAAGAAAUUAAUGCUCUUACAAAUUAAAGGAAGAAGACAUGUGCAAACCCGAUUAGUAGAACCCAGAGCCUCUUCUUUGAACAGUGGAGACUGCUUCUUACUGAUAUCACCGCAACACUGCUUCCUUUGGAUAGGAGAAUUUGCUAAUGUAAUAGAGAAAGCAAAGGCUUCUGAGCUUGCAGUCUUAAUACAGACAAAGAGAGACUUGGGUUGCAGAGCCCCCUAUAUACAGACACUAGAAGAGGGGAUAAACACUCACACUCAGGCUGCCAAAGAAUUCUGGAGACUUCUUGGUGGACAGACAAGCUAUCAAGCUGUUGGAUCUCCAGAAGAGGAUGAAUUGUAUGAAAAUGCAAUAGUGGAAACCAACUGCAUCUACAGUCUGUCAGAUGAUAAACUCAUCCCUGAAGAUGACUUCUGGGGAAAGGUACCUCGCUGCAGCAUGCUUACACCAAAAGAUGUGCUAGUAUUUGAUUUUGGAAGUGAAGUAUAUGUUUGGCAUGGCAAGGAAGUAACAUUAGCACAGAGGAAAGUAGCAUUUCAGCUGGCAAAACAUUUAUGGAAUGGAACCUUUGACUACAUGAACUGUGACAUCAACCCGUUAGACCCUGGAGAGUGUAAUCCCCUCAUUCCAAGAAAAGGCCAAGGACGUCCUGACUGGGCUAUUUUUGGCAGGCUUACAGCAUUUAAUGAAACUAUAUUAUUUAAAGAAAAAUUCCUCGACUGGACAGAAAUGAAAAAAACUACCCCAAAGGUGCUGAGUGAAGACGUCAUUGAACAGAAGCAAGAACCUGGGCCUGACUUUAAGCCAUAUGAUGCUACAUUAAUGUUACCAGUGGUCCAGACUCCUGUUGGCACAGUACUUGAUGGAAUGAAUAUUGGACGUGGACAUGGUCUUUUGGAAGGAGAUGAUGGGAGGCAAAUUGAAAUAAGCACCAUCUCUGUGGAUGUUUGGCAUAUUUUAGAAUUUGAUUACAGUCGGCUGCCUAAACAAAGCAUUGGACAGUUUCAUGAAGGAGAUGCGUAUGUGGUAAAGUGGAAGUACAUGCUGAGCACUACAGUUGGGAAAAGACAAAAGCCAGAACAGAGCAGAGCUACUAGCACUGGAAAGGAGAGGUGUGCAUACUUUUUCUGGCAGGGUCGACACUCAACUGUGAGUGAGAAAGGAACAUCAGCACUAAUGACUGUGGAGCUGGACGAGGAAAGAGGAGCCCAAGUCCAGGUCCUUCAAGGGAAAGAGCCCCCCUGUUUUCUGCAGUGCUUCCAGGGAGGAAUGAUUGUGCAUGCUGGCAGAAGGGAAGAGGAAGAAGAAAACGUGCAAAGUGAGUGGCGAUUGUAUUGUGUUCGAGGGGAGCUGCCUGUUGAAGGAAACUUGUUGGAAGUAGCUUGUCACUGCAGCAGCCUGCGAUCUAGAACAUCUAUGAUCCUUCUCAAUGUAAAUAAAGCCAUUAUCUACCUCUGGCAUGGAUGCAAGGCCCAAUCGCAUACAAAAGAAGUUGGAAGAACUGCAGCCAAUAAAAUCAAAGAGCAAUGUCCAUUGGAAGCAGGUUUGCACAGCAGCAGCAAAGUAACAAUACAUGAAUGUGAUGAAGGGUCAGAGCCUUUGGGAUUUUGGGAUGCUUUAGGAAGGAGAGACAGAAAGGCCUAUGACUGUAUGUUGCAAGAUCCUGGAAAAUUCAAUUUCACCCCUCGCCUGUUUAAUCUCUGUAGUUCAUCUGGAGAGUUUGUUGCCACAGAAUAUCUUUAUCCUGCAAGAGAUCCAGCCUUAGUUAACUCCUUGCCCUUCCUCCAGGAAGACUUGUAUACUGCUCCACAACCAGCGUUAUUCCUUGUGGACAAUCACCAUGAAGUCUACCUCUGGCAAGGCUGGUGGCCUACAGAUAAUGAAAUGACAGGUUCAGCACGUAUACGAUGGGAUACAGAUAGAAAAUGCUCCAUGGAGACUGUGCUUCAGUACUGUAAAGAAAAGAACAGCAAAAAAACACCCAAAUCCUACCUGAUUCAUGCUGGCUUGGAGCCCCUGACGUUUACCAAUAUGUUCCCAAGCUGGGAGCAUCGCGAGGAUAUUGCAGAGAUAACAGAGAAGGAAGCUGAAAUUUGUAAUCAGAUCAUCCUUGUUGAAGAUGUUUUAGCCAAACUUUGCAAAAUGAUAUAUCCACUGGAAGAACUGCAAGCGAGACCUCUCCCUGAAGGAGUUGACCCAUUAAGGCUUGAACUUUAUCUUUCAGAUGAAGACUUUGAGGAAGCAUUACAAAUGACAAGAGACGAGUUCAGUGUGCUGCCUUCCUGGAAACAAGUAAACAUAAAGAAAGCAAAAGGACUUUUUUUAAGAACUUUUCACUUGACUGAUUUUGUAUGAAGUAUUAUGCUGGAGCUGCCACUACGGUCACUUUAAAUAUUUUUGGACCAGCUAUGUUCACAUUGACGUGGAAUUCAGAAUGAAGUAUAUGAGGCUUUUAGAUGGAGCUGCUUGCUGUGGAGUUCUCUAAUACUGUAACAGAUUGAAGAAGUCUCCAUCAAUUAACUUGGAGGGAGUCUUUGCAGUGGGCUUCCUAUGCACUUAAACCAAUGGCUGCUGGAUCUAUGAUGAGGUGUCCUUUGGCUACAGACAAAAGUUUACCAAAAGCUUCUCCUUUUGUAAAAUGAUAUUUUUGUGUGUUAGUUUGUGAAUUACAAAGAAUUUAUAUUUAUAUAAACACAGUAUAGAAUAUGUAUCUAUUUAACAAUGCACUAUAUAUAUUCACUUUUUCAGAAUUAUUUGUCCUUUUGAAGAUAGAUGGCUGAGAAUUGGCUUAUAAGGGUAAAAUUAGAAACAUGCCACAGAUCUUUUUUAUGUAUUCUCUGUUAUUGCCUUUGGCAAUAGCAGUACUUGUGGUUCAUAUUUCAGGUGUGGAGAUGAACAAAACAUUUAUAUUUAUGGCAUGAAUGUACUCAGAAAUACGCAGUCUUUAAAUCUGAAAAUGUAUAGUGCCUUGCUUUUGUGUACAGAUUAUAUAUGAAAUAAGUUCUGCAUUUUGAAAACUGUUUAAAAAGGUAUCAGUCUUCCUAGUGACAGUAAAAAUUACAUCUCAGUUUAUAUAUCUGUAAACUAGAUCUCCUUUGAAAAAAAGCUUGUGAAAUAAAAAUUGCAGAAUGAAGUAUCCACAGCAGUUUGUUGGGUCUUUAAUUUGUAAUACAACUACCCAUGACAAAGCAGGAUGGAUCAGUCUUGGCUUGCACCAAAUGGCUGCUAACUGCUUAGAGUAUUAAAUUCUUUCCUUAGAAGUAUAGCAUUUUAUAUUACAUUCUUUUUUCCUUCUGUUGUAUUAGAAACACUUUCCAGCUUGCACAGCCUACAUUAUUAACAGUAAAAAGCAGUGUUUUGUUCACAUUAUGGCUGAUUAGGACUGACAUGCCAGUUGAUUACACUGACAAGCCAAUUGAUUACAAAAUGUCACUAACACUAAAUGCUGAAUAGCUGAAGGGUCUGACACAAACAGACUUGGAUUUAGUGCAUGUGUAUGUGCAGCAGUGGCUGUACUGCUAUGUGCAAUCAUUUUUCAACACUGGAACUUGUAAGCGACAUACAAAUGUAUUUAAAGCUCAGAAUGAUUAGGUUAAGCAAGUUUGCAUGAGUCAUUUUUUGUAAAGCAUAUGAGGAAAGGGCAUUUUUUAAGUUUAUACUGAACUAAAAUAAAAGCUAAUCUUUCAGUAAGGUUUUCUAAGCAGUCAGUCACAUCGCUGCAGUGUUUUUAAUUUUGUGUUUGAAAAUGAAGCCAUCUAAAAUAGUCUCGGCUUUGGGUGCUUCUUUUUGUCAGGAACGUUCACUGAAGUUGCAUUUUUACUAUACACAGAAAUAUUGUUCUGUUAAAAAGUAUCAUUUACUAUGGGUGCAUAGUAUUAAACCUGAGAGUACUUCAAAGUGAUGGCAUGCAAAACUUAAUAUUUGGUGAUUUUAUUGAGUGCAAGUAUAAAGAUGUGAAAACAGGACACCAGACAUAGCCCAGAUAAAUGUUGCAGUGUACUGGUUUUGCUUUAAACAGUGGAGCAUUCUCCAGAAUCCAAGUUAGUCUUUGAUUCUUUUGUGUAUGUAUGUAUGUAUGUAUGUACAGUUGCAUAGACAGACAAAUACUCUGGUGAGUUUGCCAAGCUCUGUUAAUUGAAAUCCAAGGAAUCUAUACUACUAAUAAAUCUCUAUAAAAAGUA